CGUUGACAGAAAACAUUUUCUCAGAGUGGCAAGAGUGGGAGAUAAGCUAACGGUAUUCAUUUACUUGCUACUAAAACUUAUUUCGUUUGUAACGCGUCGAGCUAAAAGAAGAAGAGAUGUUUCUUGUUGUCCACGGUCUCGGGCCUUUCCAAUAGGAGGGGUGCUUCAUGUCUGAGCCAGUGUUUUCCAUCACUGCCAGAGAUGGUGCAGUGUCUCCGUUCUAUUAAGAGCUCCCACAGUAAUCCACUUGUCAUUUAGAACUGAAGAGUGCACACACACACACACACACACACACACACACACUCGUGCUCACAGAUACACACUUCAUAUCAGAAAGAAGAGGACUGAGAGGCAUCUGGUUUUUUUGUAUUGCUGUUUUAUUCCAGUGGACAAAUAUUCAACCCGGGAGAGCUGCUGGUCAAUGAAUUCCUCACAUCAGAAAGGACAUAAAGUUUGAGCGUAAUCCUUUUGAUCUUCAAAGCUUCUGACAAGAAAAAAAAAAAACACCUUCCUGAAAUUAUAAUCUUCGGGUGUUUUAUUAAUUUUUUUAUAUGAACACUGCCAGUCAUGAUGGGUAAAGCAGGGUUGCUCUUACUGAUGCUGUGUGGCUGUACAGUAUGUGGAAGCCAAACUUCAAUGCAGGAAUCGCCACAGGGAACUUUGGAUUUUGGGUUUGUUCCCUCUGGAGUUUAUGAAACGCAUGCAUAUUUUGAACCCGGACCUAUAGGAAUCCUUUUUCACUUAGUGCACUCUUUCCUUUAUGUGGUGCAGCCCAAUCCUUUUCCUCACGAUCUCGUCACAAAGGUGGCACAGAAGAAGUUGAGAGAGGUCAAACAAGAAUAUAAAAAGCCAGAAAACAUUGUGCUGACACUCCAGGCCAUCUACUAUGAAAUUGGUUUCAUUGUAUGCGCUUCCCUGGGAGUGCUGUUUGUUCUGUUUAUGCCUCUUGUGGGGCUUUGCUUCUGCAUGUGUCGUUGCUGUGACAACUGCGGAGGAGAGAUGCACCAGAGACAGAAGAAGAAUGCUGACUGCCGGAGAGGCUGCUUUGUAACAUUGCUCUUUGUGACGUCUCUCAUAAUCUCAGCUGGUGUUCUGUGCGCGUACUCCGCCAAUCAAAAUCUAUCGACCCAGCUGAAGGGAGUCCGGAAGCUUGUUAAUAGCAAUUUCAGAGAUCUGAAAACCUUUGUAAACAGCACUCCAGCGCAAAUCGAGUAUCUGGCUAACCAGUACAACACUGCCAAGAACAAGGUCAUUUCUGACCUAGACAAUAUAGGUCCAUUGCUUGGCAAUAGGAUUCGUGCACAGUUGGGAAAAGAAGUUCUCCCUGCACUAGAUGGGGCUCUAAGUUUGGCUGGAGCCAUGAGAGAAACGAAAGAGGCUUUGGAGAACGUGAGCGUCUCGCUGGAGGUGUUGCAGGAAGCAACCAACAGUCUGCAGGUGAACCUGCUCAACGAGCAAGCGAGGCUGAACAACACACUCAACGACCCAGCCUGCUCCGCGCCAGGGGUCUCCUCCACCUGCCGUGACAUCAGGAAAACACUGAGUCUGCUCAGCAUCAACGCAAACUUCAGCGCGUUGCCCAAUGUAGACACAGAGUUGGCAAAUGUGAAUAAUGUUCUUAAGACCGACUUAAGCAAUAUUGUUCAAAAGGGAUAUGCAACGUUUAACGACACCCCAGAUCUGAUAAAGAACCAAACUACAAAUAUUGUGUCAGCUCUUCCUCGCAUCAAGUCCAUGCUGGAUGACGUAGGGUCUAACAUCACCAGCUUCUCCAAGCAGAUCCCUGUUCAGGACACUCUUGCCAAUUUCACCCUGUACCUCAGUCAGAGCCAGUCAUACGUGGAGGACUACUAUCCUGUGAUUGACAAGUAUGAUUUCUACAGGUGGAUGGGGUGCAUCAUAGUCUGCUGCAUGGUGACUCUUAUCCUUACCUUCAACUUCCUGGGCCUGCUGUGUGGCACCUGUGGGUACGACAAGCAUGCCUCCCCUACCACCAGGGGCUUCAUCUCCAACACCGGCGGCAACCUGCUCAUGGCAGGUGUUGGGUUCAGCUUUCUGUUCUCCUGGGUGCUGAUGCUCAUCGUAAUGAUUGCUUUCGUUGUGGGAGGAAAUGUUGAGAAGCUGGUCUGUGAGCCUUUUGAGAACAGAGCUUUGUUUAAGGUUCUGGAUACUCCCUAUUUGAUAAAUCCAUAUUGGAAGAACUUCCUGCCCGGCUUCCUCUAUCAGAAUCCUGAAAUAGAUCUGACGUUUGAAAAGCUUUAUAGUAACUGCAAAGAGAAUAAAGGCAUCUAUACAGCACUACAGCUGGAUAAUAUUUUCAACGUCAGUAAUUAUUUAAACACAAGCAUUUAUACCAGGGAUGUGGUUGACGUGUUUGAAUUUGUAAAUGUGGAUCUGAGUGGCAUGGUCCUACUCGAUGCCAAUGCAAAACAGAAUCUUCUGAAUUUCAGUGAUACUGGCAUUGUGAGCAUCCACUAUGAUGCCUACUUAACAGAGAUCAACAAAGGUGUUACAAAAGUGGAUCUGUUGUCAUUUGCUAAUGACCUGGAAGCUCAGGCAGACAAGCUGCCAAAGGGAGCGCUGGAGAAUGCGUUGAAAGGUCACGCAAGCAGUAUUCGUUUCAUUCAUGGUCAACAGGUGGUGCCACUGGAGCAAGCCAUGAGCACUUUAAAUCACAGCAUCCGUUUACUGCAGAGGACUACAUUUGAUCUCCCAAAUAAAGUGAAUAAUGUGAUCAGUGCUAUUGAUGCAGCACAAAACCUCAUCACCAACAAUGCAUCGUUAAUUAUUAGACAGGAAACCAAAAAUUACAUGGAGAUGAUGAUCGGCUACUUUAAGCAAUACCUGGACUGGGUCAAAAAUUCUAUGAUGAUGGAAGUUGCAGCGUGCAAGCCUGUGGCCAAUAUAGUAGAUACAGUUGAAAUUGUUACCUGCAGCUUUGUAGUGGAUUCCUUGAACACUUUCUGGUUUGGUCUGGGAUGCUGCACAGUAUUUUUGAUCCCAAGUGUAAUCAUUUCUGUGAAGCUUGCCAAAUUCCUUCGCAGAAUGGACUCUGAGGAUGUGUAUGAUGACAUUGAGACUAUACCCAUGAAAACUCUGGAAAAUUGGUAGAAGACACUGAGCCUUUCCCUAAGGGAGAUCAAGCUCCUGUUUCUUGGACAGAAUGACCAUAUCAGUGUUUACAUGUCUGAAAGAAGUCCACCACCAGGACAGAUGGUCCCCCAUUCUACAACCCGCUAUCCCCUCCUAUCUUCAUGACUAAAAUCAAUGUGGAAUGAACUUUCCAAACAUCAUACUUCUAACAUUGGUUAGCCCCCCCCCCCCCCCCCCCCCCCCCCCCC